CUCGGACACAGCGGAUCACAGAUCCACGGAAAGAGCCAAAGAUGUUGGCUCGAUCAUGUGAUCAGCUGUGUCCAAUCACAGCUGAUCGCAUGUAAACAGCAAAAUGCCAUUUCUCUCCUCACGAGCUGUUACGCUGACAGCUCUGUAGCCCCAGCAGUGCCACCUGUCAGUGUCCAUCAGUGCCAGCUCUCAGUGCUCAUCCAUGCCACCUGCCAGUGCCCAUCAGUGCCACAUCAAUGCCACAUAUCAGUGCCUACCAGUGCACAUCAAUGCCACAUAUCAGUGCCCAUCUGAGCUGCCUUUCAGUGUCACCCAUCAGUGCCAGUCAGUGCCACCUAUCAGUGCUGCCUAUCAGUGCCGCCUUUCAGUGCCCAUCAGUGAUGCCUGUCAAUGCCCAUCACUG